CUGCCCGGAGUCGGCAUGGCGGCCAAAGGGGCCCGGCAGCGGCCGCGGGCAGGAGGAGGAGGAGGAGGAGGGGGCGGAGGGGAGGCGGCCCGCUCGCGGCCGGAGGCGGCGGGCUCAGAGGACGCUCGGGCGGAGCCGUCCGGGAGCAAGGCGGGGCAGGUGUGGGCCCCCGAAGGAUCCACGGCCUUCAAGUGUCUCAUCUCGGCCAGGUUCUGCGCUGCGCUUCUCAGCAACAUCUCUGACUGCGAUGAGACCUUCAACUACUGGGAGCCGACACACUACCUCAUUUAUGGGAAGGGGUUUCAGACAUGGGAGUACUCUCCAGCCUAUGCCAUCCGCUCCUAUGCGUACCUGUGGCUUCAUGCCCUACCAGCCUUGUUCCACGCUAGAGUCCUGCAGACUAACAAGGUUCUUAUCUUCUAUUUCCUACGAUGCUUCCUGGCAUUCCUGAGCUGUGUUUGUGAACUCUACUUUUAUAAGGCUGUGUGCAAGAAGUUUGGACUACAUGUGAGUCGUCUCAUGUUGGCUUUCUUAGUACUCAGCACAGGGAUGUUUUGUUCAUCAGCAGCUUUCCUCCCAAGCAGUUUCUGCAUGUAUACCACGAUUAUUGCCAUGACUGGUUGGUAUAUGGACAAGACCUCUGUAGCAGUGCUAGGCAUAGCUGCUGGAGCACUAGUGGGCUGGCCUUUCAGUGCAGCUCUUGGGCUUCCCAUUGCCUUUGACUUGUUAGUACUGAAGCAGAGGUGGAAAAGCUUCUUAAACUGGUGUGUGGUGUCAUUGAUCCUGUUUCUGGUGCCCCUGGUAGUUGUGGACAGCUAUUACUAUGGGAAGCUGGUAGUUGCACCUCUCAACAUUGUUUUGUACAACGUCUUCACCUCCCACGGACCUGAUCUCUAUGGUACAGAACCAUGGUCCUUCUAUUUCAUCAAUGGCUUUCUGAAUUUCAAUGUGGCAUUUAUUUUGGCACUGCUUGUGCUACCACUGACUUGUCUCAUGGAGAGUCUGCUUCAGAAAUUUCAUGUUCAGAAUCUGGGCCGUCCCUACUGGCUGACACUAGCUCCGAUGUACAUUUGGAUCAUAAUUUUCUUCAGCCAGCCCCACAAAGAAGAGAGGUUUCUCUUUCCCAUCUAUCCUCUCAUAUGUCUCUGCAGUGCUGUAGCUCUGUCUGCUCUUCAGAAGUGUUACCACUUCAUAUUCCAGCGCUAUCGCCUGGAGCACUACACGGUCUCCUCCAACUGGUUGGCACUGAGCACUGUCUUUCUCUUUGGCCUUUUGUCACUGUCACGCUCUGUUGCCUUAUUCAGAGGCUACCAUGGGCCUCUGGACCUGUACCCAGAAUUUCACAGGAUUGCUACGGACCCAAGUAUUCACACUGUGCCAGAGGGGAGACCAAUUAAUGUCUGCGUGGGGAAGGAAUGGCACAGAUUCCCAAGUAGCUUUCUUCUGCCAGACAAUUGGCAGCUCCAGUUCAUCCUGUCAGAAUUCAGGGGCCAGUUACCCAAACCAUUUGCCAAGGGACCAAUGGCCACGCGGAUCAUUCCCACAGACAUGAACGACCAAAACAAGGAAGAGCCAUCUCGAUAUAUUGACAUUUCCAAAUGCCACUAUCUAGUGGACUUGGAUACAGCAGCUGAAGCCCCAAGGGAGCCAAGAUACUCCUCCAACAAAGAGGAGUGGGUAACCAUUGCCUACAAGCCAUUCCUAGAUGCUUCCAGGUCUUCAAAGCUGCUGCGUGCGUUCUACGUCCCUGUCCUCUCAGAAAGGUACACACAGUAUGCAAACUACACUAUUCUGAAAUCCCGCAGAUCGAAACAAACCAAGAGAAAAAUGGGAGGCUAGCAACACACCUGGGUAACAAAACCAACUGACACUCUGGGACAGCUGCCUAAGCCUUCUUCAGUUUCCUUUCUGAAAGAUUGUGCUUGUAAGAUCCACUAAUAAAGAUUUCCAUGAAGUGAUUUUACUCUGCAAGCUUCCUGCUGUAAGGAUACAUCAUCUGCUUUCAGUUCGCAGAGCCAGGUGUCUGCUAUGCCUGCACAGAACCUAUUGGUUUAGAACCAGCUGGAACAUCCAGCACCAUCUACAAACAUACUAUCUCUGCUGCUCCCUACCUUUUAUACCAGAAAAAAGAAAAAUGGAAAAUAAAAAGAAAUUACAAUAUCAGGUUCUGUUCCAGGUUGUAGUCUGGCAUGUGGAAAAUCCAGCUUUACUCCCCAUCUCUCUGAUGCUGCGCAGAGAAAGCAGAGAAAGCAGAGGUUGAACUGUAAGAGAAACUUGGAAAUGUAGGGAGAAGCAUUCUGAAUCCUCUGCCUUUCUUUGGAAAGUCUUUCAAUGGCAUUGUGCUCUGAUAGAGACAGCUUAUAUACAUAUGGUAAGAGCAAAGGCACUUUGGUUGAUGGCAGCCUGGAGAAUGCAGUGUGCUACCCCCACUGUAUGGGGAAAUAGACUGAAGCUGGGACUGUGAAUUUAAACUUGGAAGGUUUAGGGGGAUCAUUUGCGAUGUUGGUGUCCUGGCCUUGCUCAGAGAAUGGACUUUACCCCCAUGUGGGUAUCCUAAGAGUCAAAUGUGGAGCUCAAGGAUUUCUGCUGUGCAGUUGGUGUGCUGCGUGAGUUGGUUUGGGGCUGUGCUCACAGCAUUCCCUCCCAGACUUCAGCCUGCACUUCCCCUUGUGCAAACACACGUCAAACAGGGCCCUGCAGUGCUGAGCCAAAAUCAGAUCUGUGGCCCUGUUUGUUUCCUCUCCCCUUGCUAAUCUCUGACCUUAAAUAAAGAAACAAAAAUAUUUCUUUAUUUAAUGAAGAAUCAGCUUCACCUCUCCCUGGUGCUGUUUGUGCAACUGUUCUAUGCUGUUGUAGCCCUUAAUCUCAUGUUUAAUGUGAAAAGACAGUGCAGUAAAGAUGUGUUUUAAGUGGCUGUGGCUGUUCCACCUUCCUCUAGUUUAAUUCAUAAGUCAGGGCUGUUGUACACUGCCCAGUUUGAAUGCGAUUGCGUGUGCAAAGAGGUUUGUUCCAAAAGGUGAAGCCAUGUCCAAAAAAUCCCCAAGCACAUUUGUAAAGGGGUUUUGUAGUUUGCUUUUCUGAUUUCGUUAGCAAACUUGUGGGGAGGGCCUUCACAUUUUUUGUUUGUUGUUACUUUGACCUUUAUUAAAGCAAAUGCAUGAUCUUGUUACGAGGA